AAUAAAGAGCUGGAGGAGACUAAGAAAGAAAUGUUGAAAAACAGACGUGAGAUGUGGGAGAAGACCGCCGAGAUGGAGCAAAGGAUGAAAGAAUUGGACAACAAGAACAAAUACCUGGAGGAGGCUAAGAGAGAAAUGGGGCGGAAAAUGAAAGCUCUGAAAAACCAGAGUGAAGACGUGGAGCGAGAAAACUUAGAGCUGAAGGAAAAGGUUAAACAUCUGGAAGAGACCGCGAAACAAAUGAAAAACAGAAGCGAAAAACUGACAGAGAAGAACGAAGAGUUGGAGCGGGAGAAGAACGACCUGGAGACCAACAAUAAAGCAAUGGUGGAGAGAAGUGAAGAACUAAACAGUAAGUUGAAAGACUUGACUGAAGGGAAGAAAGAGCUGGAGGAGAAAAUUAAAGACCUGGAGGAGAGUAGGAACAACAUGCAGGAAACAGGUAAGACACCGAAAGAGGGGAACAGUGAUUUGGAACAGGAGAAAAAGGAUCUGGAGGAGAAUAUGAAAGAGAAAAAUGAACAACUGAAGGAGAGGAUCGGAGAAGAGGAAGAGGAAAAGGAAGAAACGGAGAAGAGGAACAAAGAUCUUGAAGUAAAGGAAGACACAGAGAAGAAAGACACUGAGCCCCCAAAGUCAAAAAAGAAAGAAAAGAAGGGUUUCUGGAGUUGGCUGCGAAGAAAGAGCAGAGGCAGCAAGGUGAGAGUGGAAGAGGAGGCUCCUAGUUGUUCAGCAGGUCCUUCCACCUCCACCUCCACCUCCACCCUCCCUCUGUCCUCCAUGUAACCUCCUUUCUUCAUCCUUCCUCCAUUUCAACCACCCUCACUUCUCUAUCCUCUCCUCAUUAGCUCAGCGACCAGAUCUCCAUCACCCUCCCUGCUCUUUUUUCCACCUUCCCUCCAUGCCCCCCCCGCCAUAACUGUCUCCCCUCCCUCUAACCCACCCUCACUCCUCUUCUCUUCACCCUCCUUCCAUUACUCUAAUCCCCUAUAGAAGUCCCCAUUCCCACCUGUUUCCUCCUCUUGUACCCUCCUUCUUCACCCCCCCCAUUCCUACCUCUGUUUCCCCCUCUUAUAACCCUCCUUCUUUACC